AUGGCAUCCCUGCUGCAAGGCCGGGUGCCUGUCAAUGAAGACGUGCUGCUGAUGCAGAAAGGCACGCUGAUGCGCAAGGUGAGGUCCAAAAUUUGGAAGAGACUAAGAUACUUCAGACUUCAGCAAGAUUGCAUGACAGUCUGGCAUGCCCGACAGGCUGGAGGCAAAGCCAAGCCCAGCUUCUCAAUCUCUGAUGUGGAGACAGUACGUAAGGGCAGUGAGUCUGAAUUGUUGCGCAGCCUGGCAGAGGAGUUCCCUCUGGAGCAGGGCUUCACCGUCGUCUUCCAUGGCCGCCGCUCCAACCUGGACCUGGUGGCCAACAGUGCUGAGGAGGCCCAGACCUGGAUGCAGGGGCUCCAGCUGUUGGUGGACUUUGUCACCAGCAUGGACCAACAGGAGCGGCUGGACCAAUGGCUGAGUGACUGGUUCCAGCGUGGAGACAAAAACCAGGAUGGUCGGAUGAAUUUCCAAGAAGUCCAGCGGUUACUGCACCUGAUGAAUGUGGAAAUGGAACAAGAAUAUGCCUUUCAGCUUUUCCAGGCAGCAGACGGGUCUCACUCUGACACUUUGGAAGCAAAAGAAUUUACAGAGUUCUAUAAGGCGUUGACUAAGCGUCCUGAGGUGCAGGAACUAUUUGAAAACUUUUCGGCUGAUGGACAGAAGUUGACCCUGUUGGAAUUUGUGGAUUUCCUCCGAGAGGAGCAGAAAGAAGGAGAUCACGCUCCUGACCUUGCUCUAGAACUCAUCGACUGCUACGAGCCUUCAGAUAGUGGCAAACUGCGGCAUGUACUGAGCAUGGAUGGCUUCCUUAGCUACCUCUGCUCAAAGGACGGAGACAUCUUCAAGCCAACAUACCUCCCCAUCUACCAGGAUAUGACUCAACCCCUGAACCACUACUACAUCAACUCCUCUCAUAACACCUACCUGGUGGGGGACCAGCUCUGUGGCCAGAGCAGCGUCGAGGGAUAUAUACGAGCCCUGAAGCGGGGUUGCCGCUGCGUGGAGGUAGAUAUAUGGGAUGGACCUAAUGGGGAACCUAUCGUUUACCAUGGACAUACCCUGACCUCCCGUAUCCCGUUCAAAGAAGUUGUGGCCACUGUAGCACAGUACGCCUUCCAGACAUCAGACUAUCCAGUCAUCUUGUCCCUGGAGAACCACUGCAGCUGGGAGCAGCAGGAGAUCAUGGCACAACAUUUGACCGAGAUCUUGGGCGAGCAGCUCCAGAGUACCACCUUAGAUGGGCUGCUGCCCACUCAGCUGCCCUCACCUGAGGAGCUUCGAAGGAAGAUCCUGGUGAAGGGGAAGAAGUUAAAGACACUUGAGGAGGAUCUUGAGGAAGAGGAAGAGGAGGAAGAGCUAGAGUCUGAACUAGUGGGGGAGCAGGAGACUGAGCUGGAGCUGGAGACCCAGUUUGAAUCUGAGACCCAGGAGUUGAGCCCUCGCAGUAUGGACAAAAAGGAAAAGAAAUCCGCACCCAUCAUAUGUCCAUCCCUCUCUGCCCUGGUUGUCUACAUGAAGACUGUCUCAUUCCACAGCUUCACUCAUUCAAAGGAACACUAUCGCUUCUAUGAGUUAUCAUCUUUCUCUGAAGCCAAGGCCAAGCGCCUCAUCAAGGAGGCUGGCAAUGAGUUUGUGCAGCACAAUGCCUGGCAGUUAAGCCGUGUGUAUCCCAGUGGUCUGAGGACAGAUUCAUCCAACUACAACCCCCUAGAACUCUGGAAUGCAGGCUGCCAGAUGGUGGCUAUGAAUGUGCAGACUGCGGGGCUUGAGAUGGACAUCUAUGAUGGGCUCUUCCGCCAGAACGGUGGCUGUGGCUAUGUGCUGAAGCCAGAGUUCCUACGUGAUACCCUGAGUUCCUUCCAUCCCGAGAGGCCCAUAGGCCCUUUCAAAGCCAAGAUCCUCCUAAUUCAGGUGAUCAGUGGUCAGCAACUCCCUAAAGUGGACCAGACCAAAGAGAAGGCCAUUAUAGAUCCACUGGUGAGAGUGGAGAUCUUUGGCAUCCGCCCAGACACAAGCCGGCAGGAAACCAGCUACGUGGAGAACAAUGGUUUUAAUCCGCAUUGGGGGCAGACGCUAUGCUUCCGGGUCCUGGUGCCUGAACUGGCCCUGCUGCGUUUUGUGGUAAAGGACUACAAUUGGAAAUCCCGAAAUGACUUUGUGGGUCAGUACACCCUGCCUUGGACCUGCAUGCAACAAGGUUACCGCCACAUACACCUGCUCUCCAAGGAUGGCACUAGCCUCCAUCCAGCUUCCAUCUUUGUGUACAUCUGCAUCCGGGAAGAGUUGGAGGAGGAUGAAUCCUAAGGUGGGCACUUUGUGAGAAGGGUGGGUGCAUCUGAUUUUAUGUGGUAAGAAAAACCUAGAAAAAUACUUUAGAAAGCAAACAGAAGUAAAAACCGCAGUGUGGGUUGUACAUUCCUAGGCACAAAAUUACCUCACCUUUCCUAACAAGCAAAUCUAGGACUUUUCGCCUUCUUUCUCUUCCGUUUUCACAAGCCUUUUGGAUCUUUCCUGCCCUUCCCCUCUGCGUACUCUAUACUGGAAUUCUUGCUGUGGGCUCAAUCCUAUACCCCGGCCGAAGAAGACUAAUCUCACCCAACAACUCUGGCUCAAAGGCAGAUGGCAACUAGAAAUCUAGGGGGGCUUGGGGCAGAGAAACCCAGAGGCAUUAUCCCCUCCAUCCUAACUUCCUCAAAGCCCAGAGCCAAAGAAAGGAUAAACUAAGCCUCAAGGCUCCCCAGGCAAAGGCUGCGGAGGGAAGACCCGACUCCAAGACUGUACGACGCUCGAGAACAUUGCUCAGCCCUCAGAGUCCCACCAGACUGCUCCUCCCUAGCCCUGCUGGUAUAAAUAGAGCUGCUCUCCUUAAUUUGGCUUGGGUAUGGUCUGUCAUUGUUGGGCAUGGAAGGGAGGAAUGAGGGUCGGGGGACAUUUGGGUAGACAGGUGGGGCAGGAAAAUGUGGGAAAACAAGUUUC